UCCCAUGUACUUUUUAGUGUAAUAAUAUAUUACAAUUGGAUAAAAUAUACAGUAUAUGUGUUGAAAAUACAUAUGGGGAAAAUAUAUAUAUACUAAUCAGUAAAAGUUCACAUAGUCAGACACAUUGAGAAAAUCCUGUAUUGUCAGACAAAUGAUCAAAUAAAAAGUGAUCUGUUAUAGUUUUCACUCAAAAAGGGGAUGUGGCUUAACUAUGUGCCAGUCGGACAGAACUCUCCACACUGUUCAGAGCAGUCAGUCCUCUCACACACAUCUGGAAAACAAUGAAAAAUUCCACAAGAUCAUCGGAAUAUAGAUGGGAAUAUGAGGACUACUAUGAUUACAUGGAUCCAGUCUUAGUGAAUGCAAGUACACUGACAUAUAACAGAUAUUCAAUUGUCCUCAUUUUCUGGGUCCUUCUGGCAGCAUUCAUUGGAUUUUUCUUUUUGAUUUUGAUACACAUCUCACACACCGGGCAGCUGUCAAGGGGCCCUGGUGUUAAAAAAUCUGGCUUGCCACUGAUGAAAGAUCAAGAAUCUCCCAGAACAAGAUAUGAAUGAAUGUUCCUGUUUGCUGGCAAUGAGAAAUUAAACUCAUAAUGAUCUUUACUUAAAUGUGACAAGUGCCAUUGAAUCACUAUUAAAAAAAAAAAACUUACAUUAAACCACGAUUUCACAAUUAA